AUGAUGUAAAAUAUUAAUGAUAUAAAAGCUUAGCUCAUAAUGCUAGGAAACUCGUUUCAUGAAUUGAGGAAUAUAUUUGCUUAAUAAAAAUUGUAAUCUAUUCCAGAACUUCUUGCGAUUGACUUAAUUAGUGGUUAAAUAGAAGGAGGUCUUCGCAAAUAUGCUGCAAAAAUAAGUAAUCCUAUUGGACCUGUAAAAUAUGCAAAAGGAAAAGAGUAUUUAAAUAAUAUUUCAAGGCAGAUAAGCUUUUUCUAAAGGUGUCUUGAUUAAGACGCAAGCUAAAUUGGAUACAAAAUUCUACCAAAUGAUAUCAAAUAGUAAAUCCUACAAAACAUUCAACUUUAAAAAAAAAUCAUAGAGUUUGUGGAUUUUUUUAUUGAGUAAGCUUUUAGGUAAAAAAUAGGAGGAGUGUUAUAACUAAGGUAGCCAGGAGAUGAUUUUAAACAAAUGUAAAUAUACAAAAACUUAGAUUACACUCUAUAAAUUAAUAUCGAGCAAUGCUAUACCAAUCCUUGCAUAUCAAACUUAAUAAAUGCAGCUAAAUAAACGUGCAAUAAAGCACAUAAUAUAUAAAACACAAUCUGUUUUUAUUUAGAAGAAAACUCUGUGAAAGAAGAUGCAUAAGAAAUCAAUUAACUAGCAGGAAAGCUUGAAAAUUCGUUUAGAAGUAUUUUAAAUUCCUUUGGACAAGAAAAAGAUGACAUAAAGAAAAUAAAAGAUGUUAUUAAAAAAGAAAUUUAAAAAUGUUCCAACUAAUCAUAAAAAAUAAUAAACUUAUCGAAGAAGCUUUAAGUUUAAUAUUAAAAUGACAUGCAAUUGAUACAAAACCUCUGCGACUAAAUAAUAGUAUCUGUCAUCUUUUUUUCAGAGGUGCAAUAAUUAGAAAAUAUAAGUGUGCAUUGA